GUGGUUUGUGUCAUGGACUGACUGUUCCGACUGAUGCUGACUUAAUGGUGAGAUGAAGGCAGACAUACAGCCAGACGGGGACAACCUGGAUGGCUGGGACCCACGUGUUGAAGACUACAUGCAGAAUUCUACCAAAAUGGGUCUUGGACCGAAGAUGGAAUGUUCUUAUGCUCCCAACCUGACAAGUAUGAAGGAUGCAGUUCGUGAGCCAAACAGAGUGUACAUUAGUAACAUUCCUAUGUCAGUGACUGCUGUUGAGCUUAAGAAUAUGCUGAAUGAAUAUGGCAAGGUUCUUCAUGUACACAUUGGUCUUCCAAAACCAGAGUUUGUAUGUAAGCAAACCACUUGGGCGAUUAUCCAAGUGAGCGGCAUAAAGGAUCUUAUAAACAUGAUAGACAAGCUGCACCAGAAGCCACCCUAUAAUCUAAAGGUGGAAAAGGCCUUAUCUGAUAAAGAGCGGCAACAACUCUGGCGUCAGAGAGCGUAUGAGAAGCAGCACCGAGAAAGGGUGAUUAAACUCAUCUCGGGGCAAAUGAGCGAAAAUGACUGCCGGUUGGCUUUAGUGUCGCAGAAGAAUUCACCAUCAAAAAGUACCAAUACUAGAUUUGAACGUAUCAGAAAGUUUUCUUCUAUGGCUAAAAGGCAUGCAGAAAGACAGGCUAACUGUUUGAAACAACCAAAGGAAGCUGCUGUUCCUCCCCCACAAGAGAGUAAUAUCCCAGCUGUAACUACUAGUGCUGUUACUUCAAUGAGUAAUGCCCCCGUGAGAAAACCACAACCUGAUAAGUGUGUCGUGGAGAUGGGUUGUGGCACAGUAGCUGUGGGAUGGAGGCCACCAAGACCAUGCGUAUCCUGUGGUGCAUUAGGAAAGCUGAUAUGUUCAGUUUGCAAGGCAUGGUAUUGUGGCAAAAUGUGUCAAGUAAAUGACUGGUACUACCACAGAGAGAAUUGUAUUCCUCCACCGCCUCUGGUGUCGGCUUAUGAUGACUUGGCUACACAGGUGGAGACCAGAGACAAUUUAUUACCAACACCAUCCUUUUUCUUCCAAACAGCAAAACAGGGGCAGAAAAUAGAUAAUAAUGCAACAGGAUGUGAUAACCAGAGGAAUGAAGGAGGAUAUGAUAAGCAGAGGAGUGAAGGAGGAUAUGAUAAGCAGAGGAGUGAAGGAGGCUAUAAACAGAGGAGUGAAACAGGAUAUGAUAAGCAGAUGAAUGAAGGAGGAUAUGAUAAGCAGAGGAGUGAAGGAGGCUAUAAGCAGAGGAAUGAAGGAAGCUAUAAGCAGAAGAAUGAAACAGGCUAUGAUAAGCAGAGGAGUGAAGGAGGAUAUGAUAAGCAGAGGAGUGAAGGAGGCUAUAAACAGAGGAGUGAAACAGGAUAUGAUAAGCAGAUGAAUGAAGGAGGAUAUGAUAAGCAGAGGAGUGAAGGAGGCUAUAAGCAGAGGAAUGAAGGAAGCUAUAAGCAGAAGAAUGAAACAGGCUAUGAUAAGCAGAGGAGUGAAGGAGGAUAUGAUAAGCUGAGGAGUGAAGGAGGCUAUAAACAGAGGAGUGAAACAGGAUAUGAUAAGCAGAUGAAUGAAGGAGGAUAUGAUAAGCAGAGGAGUGAAGGAGGCUAUAAGCAGAGGAAUGAAACAGGAUAUGAUGAGCAUAAGAGUGGAAAGAGGGAAGAUAAAAACCUCAAGGGUGAAUUGAACCUGCAACCAACCUUUGCUUCAGGCAGCCACGUUAAUUCAACAUCUCUUAAGCAAGGGAUUAGAUUACUUAAACAAGAAAGUCAUUGGCAAACAGGAAAUAAAACUGAAGGGGCUUUGGCAUUAUCUGACAGAGGUAAACAAGGCCCUACUUGGGUACCAGAUUACAACAGCACCAGCAGUCCACAUAGCAAACCUUGGAGGCAUCACAUUCCAGCACGGAAUGUGGGGCAACUCUGCCGUCCGUACUAUGCAGGGCGGGGUGCACGUAGACAGCUCCUUAAAUGCUUUGCUGGCGAAGCAUGUGCUUCGAUAGACCCUUUGAAGAAGAACAUACUGGAAAAUAAGGCUUUGAUUAAUACAGAUAAUAGUUGUAACAGUUAUACCAGAAAUACACCCUCAGAUUCCUCUACUUCUGUGGAUAGAAAUAAGUCAUGUUUCAAAGCUCCUGUUGGUACUUUUGGUGUACAGACUCCACAAAAUGCCUUUACACUUUCCUCUCCAAAUAUUGUAUCUCCAGUGCCUAUAUCAUUACCAGUAGGUAAGGCCAAUAUUUUAUCCUCUGUAUUGAAAAAGUCUAGUUUACAUACCUUACCUACUGUAUUGGAUGCCAUAAAGUUAAAUGAAGUUUAUCAUGGAAUCAUCACUUUGACUAAUAGCUACAAGCAGUUUAAUGCUAUAAUUAUAAAUAAGCAAACUGAAGAAAUUUUUUCUGAAGCCCAAAGGGUUUUUAACAACUUGCCCAAUGAUCCUGAAUUUAAGCCUGAGGAUGGGUGCCUAGUGGCUGCAUUUUCACCUAAAGAGAAAUCUUGGUAUCGUGCAUUUGUAUAUGAAGUGGAUUCUGUGGAGUAUAAAGUGUUCUAUGUUGAUUUUGGUAACACGGAGGCAGUUCAGCUGGUUAAACCCCUUCCUGAAGGACCAUUUACAGAAACUCCUGGACUUACCAUGGUAGCCACACUUCAUUCAGAAGUGGACACUAAAAUUCAGAAGCAAUUGAAAAAUCUCAUCAUGCUAGACAGCCCAAUAACAUUCAGGGUUAUUGAUAAGCAGUCAACAUCAAUAAAAGUAUCCUUGACUUCUGAAGCAGCUCUUGAUGAAAUUACUAAAUACAUAUUUAGACCUUGGUAUACUUCUCUCCCAUUAUCAAAUGGUCUUAAUAAAACAGAAUCUGGGUCAGAGCCUUAUCCUUUAUCAAUAUCAACUCCAGAUUCACUCCUAAGGUCACCACCAAAGGUCAGUGUCAAGUCAGUUGCUACACCAGAUCAUCUGUCAAAAUUCUCUACAGAGGUCAGUGCAUCAGGAUCCUCUUCAGAUUCUGUCUUUAGAAUCUCACCAAAGGUCAGUGAAACAACAGCUUCCUCCCCCCCAGACAAAAAAAGACCAGCAGAUGUUGAUUCAGCAAAGAUGGAUUAUGGAGAAAAAUCUCAUGAUCCCUCUUGUCAGACAUGUUCAUAUGAUAGACAGAUUGUCCUUCAUUCUGCCGAGAGAGCCACUGCAUCAAAAAAUAUAGUUGGUGUUCAUAAACGCCAGGGCUUAUCACCCAAGAACCUACCAGUGAACACAGGUGAGCAAAGACUUCUUCUGAAAACCUGUGAAGGUACCUCUCCUCAAAGCCCCUCCACGACUAUUACCAAUGAAGCACGCAUAAAGGAGGAAAAUCUAAAUCCCCAAAGUGUGUUAGGAGUUGGUAGGAAGCCAUCAUCUCUAAAACAACAAAAUACCAAUGUUCAAGAAGGAACAAUGAAGUUUUGGGCUCGAGACCUAAUCAAGACUGAGGUGAAAGCUGGUGUAAAGUAUGCUGUACUGCCAACGUGGGUUAGUGAGGAUAAUGAACUGAGUGUGCAAAUUGUGACUAAAGGAACACCAAAAGAUAUGGAAGACUUAACAGAAACCAUCAUGCAUCAUUGUGAGAAAGAAACUGUACCAUGUGAUAUACAAACUGGGGAGCUGGUGUGUGGAUUUGUGGUUGGUGAUGAAAUGUGGUACCGUGCCGAGGUGAUGUAUGUUGAGGCUGACCAAGUGGUGUUGCACUAUGUUGAUUUUGGUAAUACAGAGACGGUCUCAAAGAGCAAUAUAAGAAGAUUUAGUGAUGAGUUAAUGCAGUUUCAAAACGCUUGUGUCAGAGUUAAGUUGUUUGAAAUAUUGAAGGAUGAUAAGAAAGCCAGAAAAAAAUUGCUUCAAUUAAUUGAAUCACCAUCACUGCUGUACAUGUCUUCCUCAAAGGAAAAUGGAUUGGAAUUUGAACUUUUUGACCCACAGCAAAAGGUGCUACUCAAUCGUCAACUUGGAGGUCUAGCGAAACAACAAUCAGCCAGAAUAGAAUUUGAUUCUCUCCCAACGACUGAUUUACCUCAGGAAAAAGGCUUUGACAUAUCUGUGAAGAUUUCUUCAUGCAAUGAGCCACUCACCCCUCCAGCAAGAUCAUAUUCACCUUCAGAGCAGUUGCCAUCUCUGAUGAAAUCAACCACUGCUGCAAAACUACCAUCUGUACUUUCAUUAAAAUCAACAAGUCCAGUGCAGCCAUCCAGUUCAGUUCAUCCAGAGACAUCCACUGAUGUGAAGGUGUCAUCUAAACUACUCAGCCUAGUACAACCAUCCAUUGUGGUGCAUCCAGAGUCAGCCACUGCUGUGAAUGAGGUUUCUCUAAUGAAGGCAUCACAGGCACCAAGCUUAAUGCAACCUUGCAAACAAGUCCAGCCAUCCACUUUGGUGCAGUCAUCUGCUCCAGUACAACCAUACACCUCAGCACAGUCAUUAACACCAUUAGAGCAGACUCCUCCAAAGCGAUCACCUCAGGAUGUACAACAAUCUCCAACAGUGAGUUUGUAUAACCCAGUAAAUGAAACUAGUAACAACAGCAUGGGAAAAGCAGACCCUUGUGACACCUCCACUGUUAUACAAGCUGUAUCUGUGGCACCAGAGUUGCCACAGUCCAGCAUGAAGUCUGCUGAAAACAAGAGUCCUGAUAAGAGGCAAAUUCUUGGAGGCCGGGUACUCUUGUAUGACGAAUGCAAGUCCACAGUGCUUCCAAUAGAACAUGGUGUGCCCAUUGUUAUUCUAAAAGUAGAGAAUACACAUAGUAUAUAUGCUGCUCCUGGGAAUUCUCUGCAUCUUUAUGAUAAACUAGAGGAGAUGGCAUCCGUAAUGAAUGAGUAUUGCAAAAGUCACUCAGGGUUUUUAUAUCGACCUGGUCAUGGAGAAAUAUGCCUUGCCAAGUUCAGAGAAGAUAAUGAGUGGUACAGAGCAGCGUGCAUCAACCCUGGGCUCGAAAUGACCAUGGUAUUCUCUGUAGAUUUUGCUAUUGUAGACUUCGUACCCUUCACUGAUGUACUAGCAAUACCCAAGAUUUUCCUUGAACUGCCCUGUUUGGCUCUUCAUUGUGUUCUUGAUGGGGUGUCUCCAGAUGGUGCAAAUACAGCAGCAUCAAAGAGAAUCAAGGAACUCCUUCCCUCUCACUCCCUAGUGGUGGCGGAUGUUAUAAAGCACAAUGAAGACGGAACCUAUACUAUUGCGGUGCCAAAAAUUACUGAAACACUGUUAUCAGAGGGUCUUGUGAAGCCAGCUUAGUUUAAUCCUUUUAGACUAAUAGGUACAGGCACUUUGUCUCAAGUGGACUGAAUAAGAUUUUAAUUGAUUGUAUAAUUCGCAUAUACUUUCCAUUAAUAUUUUUAGUUCUAGUUAGUUUAGUUUGAUCAUCUAUUCUGUUGGUGAUCUACAAUACAACCUCGAUGGCUUUUUGAAUAAAGGUCAUUAUUAUUUUCUUGGUACACUAGUUUGCUUGUACUUAGAAAUCAAAGUGAGAAAUAAGUUUCUGGAACACUUGGCACUGAUGAGUGUGCGAGUUUUCGUAUAUUAAUAUUUUUAUUUGAGUUUCUGCUGUGUCCUUUCUUUGUGCCUGUAGAAUUAGUCGUAGGUCAGUGAACCUCAGUUAGCCACAUUAAAACUACAUAUUUGGUGUUUCAGGUGAUGCUAAAACUCUCUAAAUUUUAUAUUCUCAUCCAAUUCUAGAAUUCAUUAGAAAAAUCCCUUUAUCUUUGGAGCUUGAACACUGUAAGUUAUGCAAAUUGCCAUCAGUCUAUAUUCACCUGAUUGUGCAUUCUCAACACCGUGUUCUGUGAAGGCAAAGACAGGGUGAUACAGGUAGGUAGUAAGUCAGUAGAAAAUAUGUAUCCUAAUGAGUUGAAGGUGGCAAAAUGUUGAUAAGGGAGCUUUUUUAUAUCUACAGUCAGCUUCUAAAGUCCGUUCACCUCUCCCCCUGAACCACGAACUCUGAGAUUCAGACUAAUGAAUCUGAAGCAUUGAUGGAUGGAAUAAUGUAUCGGUCUACUGCUUCAGGUUCACUAGUCUGAGUUCUUGGCUCAUGGGAGAGGCUAACAGAUUUGAGUAGUUGACUGUACCUUGAUAAUGAUUCUGUUUCAAAUCAUCUCGAAGCAAUUUUUUGUGCACGGGUUUAAGCCCUUGGUGGUUUUCAUGUAUUGGAAGACUGUAUUGUAUGUAUUUAAUUAUAUUUUGAUGUAUUUCGAACCUAUUCUGGAUUAUUAUGGAUUUGUGGUUAUUGUAGUCAUAAUUAAAUAUUUCUUUUUGUUGAUCAUAUCUAUACAGUGAAUUCAUAAU